CCCUAACCACCCAGAUGGAUUGCGGUUCACUUUGUGCACUGGCGCAAGCCCAUUUCCAGUGUUGCGCGUCGUGUCAAUGUACCCAGGACUGAUUCCUUUGACGCUGAUGUUGCACCGCGUACACUCGGCCGCCAGCGUGCUCUUGAGCAUCAAGAACGCCGCCUUGCUAAAGUUGUGCGCCACCUGCGACUGAGGGGAAGCCGGCGCGGACGUCGUGAAGACCGUGUGCCCGACCAUGCCCUGCAGGAUCAUCUACUUCGCUACUACCUACGCGCAGAGGAACGUCCCCGUGAUGUUGAUGUCGAGGAUGUGUCGCCGCCGGUCUCGAGAUAGCGUGGGCCGCGCCCGAAAUCCCAGCGCAGCAGACCUGGGCGUCGAUGGAGAGCUGAAGGCAGCGGCUGUGGCAUUGACGGCUCGUCUGGUCUCAAGGUCGUCAACCACGUCGACUUCAAAGCAUUGGAUUCUCGCUCUUGGAAAUUCGUUCUUCAAUGCCAGGAUUUUUUCACGAGACGGGAUGAGGUUGAUGUCAAACACAGCCAGAUCAGAGGGCCGUGCUCCCAGCAGCAGAGUCCCUCGUAGGUUGUUGGGGUUUGGCCUUCGCGGUCUAGUUUCCAUCGGCCAGGGUCAUUUGAGGAUGCAUCCUAUUACGGGUCCUGUACAUUUCAGCAUGGGACAUCGCCAUCUUCAACUUCCUGGGAGGCAGAAAUGUGACGGUGUUUGUCGAGUGCCCUCUAUACCCAAGUAUGAGCCCGCCUUCAGCUGAAUUGUACAUCGGGUAAGUUCUGCCAAUGCGACUCAACUUACUUAAUACGUUCUGAAUUCCCACCGAGCUCGGUCGGAAUGCCUUUGUAUUCUCGCAAUACUUCGGAUGAGUGCUUCGGAUGAGUGCUCAUUCCAGGCAAUAUCGUCAGCUCAACCCCUGCACGAUAAUUAGUCUGACUCGGGGUCACAAGUGCGCGUCGCGUAGACGGUGGCGCCGAAUAACAAUCCACGAAUUGCUGGUGAGAAGGUCUCUAUUGAUCAACAGAGUGCUGCAGGUGACUGCUUCUGGAACAGCAAUUUAAUACCAGCCCAGGUCAUGCGGCUUUACCUGGGGUGAUUGUGAUGUUUCGCGAGGAAGUAAAGGAAUUAGAAUUGGAGAGAUGUGUAUUCAUAGUUAUUGGUGUCGAUUGGUAUACAGCAGCCAAUGCCCCAAUUGAUUGCAAAUUCUAGGAGGCCAGCUCAGUUUCAACCUUCUCACAUCAAAC